GUUCUUGACUCUUGACCACCAUCACCGCGGUGCACAAUGACGACCCAGUUCGACAGGAUUUUCCAUGGCACGUCGCAGGAGAUUGGCAAAUUUCGUGUCGCAGCGACCGGCAUGGCUUGGAAAGGUGUGGAGUCGGAAGGCGUAACUGCGAUGCAGGCCCCAGAAAUCAAGUGGGCUCAGUGGUUGCGCGUCGCUCGCAAUUUUCAGCUCCGAGUCGGCCUAGCUGGUCACAAGAAAGAGACCUUUGACGGCUUCAUGCGAGAGGAUCAUGAUAAAGUUGAGGCACUCAUGCGAAAACAUUUCAACAUCACGCUGGAGACCAAGGAAGUGUCGCUGAGAGGCUGGAACUGGGGCGUGACGGACUUCCAAGGCAAUGAGCUUGCAUUUAUGGUUGCAGAUAGAACGGCAUUUAUGCUGAAUCUGCAGCAAGUUAACAACUCCAAUAUCGCCGCUCGCACCGAAGUCGCGCUCGAAUUCACUCCGGGAACCUCGAAGUCUAAACAUGCAGUAGACGAGUUGACAGAAAUCCGCUUUUUUGUUCCUGGCACUCAACCUAAAGUGAAAGGGUCUGAGAACGGGUCCCAAAAGUCGGAUGACGAAGAUGACGCAGAGGAGCAGAGCGCUGCUCAGGUCUUCCACGACUUAGUAAAGGAGAAGGCAGAGAUUGGAGCCCCCUCCGCCGACAUUAUUCUCAGCUUCGACGAAGUGCUUGUGCUCACUCCUCGAGGACGAUAUGACGUCGAUAUGUACACUGGGUUCUUGCGACUGCGUGGUAAGACCUAUGACUAUAAGAUCGUCUACUCCAGUAUAUCGCGUCUCUUCCUCUUACCCAAGGAUGAUCAGCACGUCCUCUUCAUUUUGGGUCUCAAUGAUCCCAUCCGCCAGGGACAGACGCGGUACCCAUAUCUCGUCAUGCAGUUCACUCGCGAGGAGGAGAUCACGGCAGAAUUGAACAUGUCAGAGGAGGAUAUCGAGAAAUAUGACCGGCUGAAGAAGAGCUAUGAAGAUCCUACGUUCGAGGUUGUAUCAAGCUUGUUCCGUGCGCUCUCUGGGAAGAAGAUAAUUGGUGCUGGGAGCUUCCAGAGCCGCGACGGUCAUCCUGGCAUUAAAGCGAAUCUCAAAGCCACACAGGGAGACCUCUUCUUGCUUGAAAAAUACAUAUUUUUCGUUUCCAAACAGCCAACGCUUGUCGAACUGUCCGACAUUCAUCAAGUCUUUUUCUCCCGUGUCGCAACAGCUGCGAGGACAUUCGAUCUUCGGAUUGUCACAAAAAACGGUCCUGAAUACACGUUCACGUCUAUCAACAAGGAGGAACAAGAAAGCACGCAGACCUACCUUAAAGACAAGAGGAUUAAGAUCAAGAACGAACAAGUGCCAGACGCGGAGCUGUUAUUGUCUGCCGCUGUUGGUGAUGAUGACGACGACGAUGAGUCUAUGCGUAGUGUCGACUCGGAUGUUGAUGCACCCAAGAAGGUGUCAAGGAACCGUGACGACGACGACGAUAGCGAGUCUGAUGAAUCCUUCGAAGCUUCCUCCUCCGAUUCGGGUUCUCCAACAGAAAGCGAUUCGUCUGAGGGUGGGGCAGCAACCGCCUCUGAUGCCAGCGGGGAUCGAGACUUUAAGAAGAAAAAGAUGAAGAAGAAAGUGAAAGGCGUAGACGGUGCUCCCAAAAAGAAGGCAAAGGAAGACGGGAGCGAUGCUGAGGAUGAUAACGAGGCUGGAGAGAAGGAGGCACCCAAGCCGAAGAAGAAGAAGAAGAAAGCUGACGAUGCUAUGGAUGUUGAUGGGGACAAACCGAAGCUGAAACCAAAGCCCAAGCCCAAAGCUAAAUCCAAGGUUGAUGGUGACGGAGACGCCAUGGAUGUUGACGAAAAGCCCAGACCCAAACCGAAGCCUAAGAAGAAGGAAGGAGAGGCAUCGGAGCCGCCGAAGAAGAAGCAGAAAACAUCGUCCGACUGAUCUAAUACAAGUAGUCGUAGUUCAUUCCUAGCCUUAAAUUAUAUCUUGCUCUGUUGUACGCUAAACCUUCACAUUUUCAUGUUCUGAGAGAUGUCCUUGACGGGUUGGUAUAUUGUC